AUGGCUCAAACGAAUUUUACACUACUAAUUAAUUUGUCAAAUUUUUUUAAAGAUCACCGGAAAAUUGCUAGGAUUUUUAUCGGCGACAAAAUAACCAGGAUACAGGACAUUCAAAAUAAAAUUACGAUAGUCUUUGGCAUCGAAAAUUUCUGUUUACUUAGCAAUAACGAGUAUUUGCCGCCGUCUGAAGAUAUCAGAAUUCUUCGGAAAGACGAUAUCGUAUGGGCGAUUCCAGCCCAAAGCGGUAAUGUGAGCUAUGAAAAUAUAGACGUAGAAAAUGAAUAUGCUCCAACUAAAUUAAAAAAGACUAAAAGAAAGUCUAAUUCAGCUGUUAAUGGAACAGAUGAGUAUGAAAAAGUGUCUAAAAGGAGAAAGCAGGAAGACUGUACAAGAGGGAAGCCACCAAAAAGUGAAGGCAAGACUGAAGAAAUUGAAUAUAUUACAAAAUGUUGUCAUAAAAAGAAAAAGAAACAUAUUUAUGAAGAAGUGCAACCUGAAGAUGAACAUAUCCCUAAAAUUUCUAAGAAAAAGAAAUAUAAAGAUCUGGAACAAACUGAAACAAAUAAAGUUCAGAAACAAAUAGAGAAUUCUAAAAAGAAAAACGUUUCUGUAUCUAAUAAAUUUAAUUAUUCAAAUAAAUCAAUCAAUGAAUAUCAAGUUACAGUAGGAAAUUCCUUACCAGAAAAUGUGUCUUUUAAAAAAAUUACACAAAUUCCAACAAUAACGGAAGAAUAUCUAAAAGAAAAAAAGAUUAACAUAGUUAAAAUUGAUUAUAUAUCUAAACCACCAGCUGCAGAGAAAAUUGAAACUGGUCCCAUACAAAAUGAAACUGAAAUAGUGAAAAAUACUUCAGAUUUCAAUGAAAGUAAAUCUAAUUCGGCACACAAAAUUGAAUCUGGCCCCUCACAAAAUGCCACCGAAAUAAGGGAAAAUUAUUUAGAUAACAAUGAAACUAAAUCUAGUUCGGAACACAAAAUUGAAAUUGGUUCCUUACAAAAUCAAACAGAAAUAAGGAAAAAUUAUUUAGAUUACAAUGUAACUAAAUCUAGUUCUGCACACAAAAUUGAAUUUGGCCCCUCACAAAAUGAAACAGAAAUAAGGAAAAAUCAUUUAGAUUACAAUGUAACUAAAUCUAGUUCUGCACACAAAAUUGAAAUUGGCCCCUCACAAAAUGAGACAGAAAUAAGGAAAAAUUAUUUAGAUUCCAAUGUAACUAAAUCUAGUUCUGCACACAAAAUUGAAAUUGGCUCCUCACAAAAUGAGACAGACAUAAGGAAAAAUUAUUUAGAUUCCAAUGUAACUAAAUCUAGUUCUGUACCCAAAAUUGAAAUUGGCCCCUCACAAAUUGAGACAGAAAUAAGGAAAAAUUAUUUAGAUUACAAUGUAACUAAAUCUAGUUCUGUACCCAAAAUUGAAAUUGGCCCCUCACAAAAUGAGACAGAAAUAAGGAAAAAUUAUUUAGAUUACAAUGACUCUAAAUCUAGUUCUGCACACAAAAUUGAAAUUGGCCCCUCACAAAAUGAGAUAGAAAAAAGGAAAAAUUAUUUUGAUUACAAUGAAACUAAAUCUAGUUUAAUUAAAAAUGAUAGUGGAGCAGUUAAAACCACAAAAUUUUUCUUCUUGAAUACUCCAUCUAGACAAAAAGUAGAAAAACCUGUGAAACAGAAAAGGAGCAAUCUAUUUAAACUCAACAUUAGCCCCAUAGUAAAUAAAGUUAAUAAAAUUGAAUUAUUACAAGAAAUCACACCUGCUGAAGAGAAAAGAAACAAUAUGUUUGAAUUGGGCCUUAGUCCUGUUGUAAGGCAUAAUGAAAAACUUGAAACUACUUGUGAAAAAGUAGAAGAAAAAACAGCUGCAGAGCCAAGAAGCAAUAUACUUAAACUUGAAAUGAAUCCUGUUGAAACAGAAAAUAAAGAAACCUAUAUUGAAACUUCUAUUGAUGUGAUUGAAAAUUAUACACUAAAACCUGAAAAUUCUAAUUCAAAUGACAUGCAUAGAGAGAAAAUAAAUGUUGCAGAUGAUAUAAUGCAAGUUGAAAAAAAUACAGGACCACCUAGUGAAUUAACAAAUGGACAUUCUGUUGAAACUUCUCCAUCUAUUUACAUUCAAGAUACCCAUAUAAUUCCUGCUCCAACCCCAGAGAAUAUAGAAACCUCACAUGCAUCUGGAAUAAUUAUUGAUAGUUCAAUGGAAAUUCAAGGAAAUUCUCCAGCUUUAAAUGUACAUUCUAGUUUUCAACCUAUCAGUGAAAUUUCGCCUUGUAUAACAACUAUCUUGGACACCCCUGUCAAUGAAUUGGGUAUUUCAGGAAUUGAAUGUAUUAACCGUAGCAAAUAUUCGGCAAGGAAACAGAUUUCUGGAGUAGGUCAGCUGUUGGGUAGUAUCCGAAAUAGUGAAUCGUGCUCUACAGUCUUGGAAACAUCACCCAGUGGUGACACCACCGAAUUUGUCACAAAAAGAAAAAGAACCAGAAGAACCCGAUCAAAAAAGAAGAAAAAUCCAUGUAUUAUUGCAGAUGAAACUCUCUCUCCUAUUAACAGCUCAAUAUCUUAUACUCCAAGACCGAUGCUUACCGAGGCUAAUCCAAAACAUCACUUCAAAUUUUCUGAUGAUGGAAAGAUCGACAAUAUUAAAAAUGAUAGUGUUAUUUCUAUAGGUAGUGAUACUGGCGACCUGCAAUUAGUAGAAGAAAAUAUUCUAAAGGCGCCAUUGAUGUCGGAAAAGGGACCAGAAGUAGGCAACAUUAUUUCUUUUAAGAUUCUUAAAAUAACCGAUGAUUUUACUCCCGAAAUAUCUUCAUAUAUUAUAGGACGUGUUGUCGAGUUCUCCGCAAUAUCUAAGCUAGUCGUUUUUGAAAUAACAUUGGGUUUAGAGCAAUUUGAGCAACCUAGAGGUAAAUUUGCACUGGAUGAUAAAGAAAAAAGAAGCAUGUGUGUAUUUAAAGAAUGUUUAUGGUCAGACUUGGUAGAGCCAAGACUAAUUGAUCCUUAA